AUGUCCCAUGCCCGCGUCCCCUUCAACAUCAUUCUCGACGAAAUUGCCGUCCCCAGGUCGACCAGCCAACACCCGCUCAUCCAGGCCUUUAUCGAAUAUAGACCGGCGCGCAAGAUACAGUUUGCAGGCAUCACGGGUGAAGUCCCCCCCCAAUCACACCACGUGCGCCCGGACGCCCCCAGUCUCUACUCUGAGAGCGCGGCAAAGCUCGUCCUGGGCAACUAA